AUGAGUGGUGGUUGGAACACGAUCGAGUCCGAUGCGGGCGUCUUCACAUCCCUCAUUGAAAACCUGGGCGUCAAAAACGUGCAAUUCGAAGAACUCCUCACCCUCGACCCCUCGGAGCUGCUCGCCCUCCAGCCCCUCUACGGCGUCAUCUUCCUCUUCAAGUACCCGACAGACGGGCCGUACGCCAGCGCCUCCGGCCCGCAAGACGGCGUCUUUGACCACGACGCCGCGGAGCGCAUCUUCUUCGCCGCGCAGACGAUCCAGAACGCGUGCGCCACGCAGGCCCUCCUCAGCGUGCUGCUCAACAAGGAUGGCGAGGACGGCGUGGACAUUGGCCCACAGAUGAAGGACUUCCGCGACUUCACCAUGGUGCUGCCGCCCGAGUUCCGGGGCGAGGCGCUGAGCAACUCGGAUCUCAUCCGGGAGGUGCACAACGGGUUCGCGCGCAGCAGCCCCUUUGCCGACGAGACGGCGCGGCAUGGCGAGCCCUCCGAGGACGUAUUCCACUUCAUUGCGUACACGCCCAUUGACGGGACGCUGUACGAGCUUGACGGCCUGCAGCCGGCGCCGAUAUCCCACGGGCCGUGCACGCCCGACGAGUUCCCCAUCAAGGUCGUUGACGUGCUGCAGCGCCGCAUCGCGCGCUAUGACGAGGCGGAGAUCCGGUUCAACCUGCUGGCCAUGUGCCGGGACCUGCGGAUCCGCGCGAGGGAGUUUGGCGACGAGGAGUUGCUGGAGAGGGAGAACCGGAAGCGCAGCGACUGGGCGUUUGAGAAUGCGCUGAGGAGGCAUAACUUCGUGGGCUUCGCGGGCGAGGUGCUGAAGAAGGUGGUGGAGAAGAAGCUCGAGCAGGGAGGCGACGAGGCGGUGGACAAGUGGGUGGGUGAGAGUCUUGAGAGGAGGAGGGCGGCGGAAAAGGCCUUGGGGGGGAGGGGUGGUGGUGGAGGAGGAGAUGUUGAUAUGAGUGGGUGA